UACCAACUCUAGCAGGGGCGCGGGGGUAACCUGAAUUAAAAUAUAACUUGCUUAGGAAAGCUAAAUGAGCUACAAACAGCUCGUUUACGAUGUUAAAAUUCAAAGUAUUAUUUUUAAUUAAAGGAUCCCCGGUAUCACCAUCCCCUUUGCGGUCCAUAUUAGAUGAAUUGCCAAACCGCACUGAACAGUUUGUAUUUUGCGAUUGGUAUAUUCCUCGUUCCGCAGCCCCUCCACGUUCUGUGGAAGGUAAACACUGAGGGAGAACAGAUAGCAACAACUUCUAAACAGAAUCCCGUGUGCUGCCAUGGACAGUGUGGAGAUGGACUCUGUCCAGAUUAAAGAGGAGUUCCCUGAACCUGAACUUCUACCCUUUAAAGUGGAGUUCUUUGGGCUGGCUUCCCUCCCCAUUAAACAGGAGCUCUGUGAGAUGCAAUGUGAGAAGAUGCAGUCAGAGGUCUCUGAGAUUAAAGCUGAGCACAGUGAAAUGGAGAUCCCCCAGACAGAAGAACCCCUUUUUGUUAAACAAGAAGAUGUGUUGGAAAUGGUCCGUAUUAAAUGGGAGCCCCUUGUAGUAGAGUUUGACCACAUGGAACCAGGGAAGGAAGAAUCCGAGGACUUCAAACCACACAUCCCUGAGCUGGAGCCUGUACGCCUGCGGGAGUGUAGCGUGGUGCUGGAGAGAAUCUGCUUGAGAGAGCAAGGCGAUGGAGAGGAAGGCCUUCCCAACAGCAUGCAAGGAGGUGGAAAGGAAGGCGGGCGGUCACAUUCAGAAUGCAGUCUAGCAGGUUCCAGUCCAGCAGCUAAAGCAAGGGCGGGCGGUGGAGAAUAUCCUGACUGUGGAAAAGGUUUCACGCAGUUAGGGCAAUUAAAAAAGCCCCAGAGAAUUCACACCGGAGAGAAACCGUAUCACUGCUCUGACUGUGGGAAGAGUUUCAGUCAGUCAGGACAUCUGAAAGAACACCAGCGAACUCACACAGGAGAGAAACCGUAUCGCUGCUCUGACUGUGGGAAGAGUUUCAGUCAGUCAGGAACCCUGAAAGAACACCAGCGAACUCACACAGGAGAGAAACCGUAUCACUGUUUUGACUGUGGGAAGAGUUUCAGUCGGUCCAGACAUCUGAAAGAACACCAGCGAACUCACACAGGAGAGAAACCGUAUCGCUGUUCUGACUGUGGGAAGAGUUUCAGUCAGUCAGGAGAGAUGAAAACACAUCAGCGAACUCACACAGGAGAGAAACCGUAUCACUGUUCUGACUGUGGGAAGAGUUUCAGACAGUCAAGAGACAUGAAAACACACCAGCGAACUCACACAGGUGAGAAACCGUAUCACUGCUCUGACUGUGGGAAGAGUUUCAGUCAGUCAGGAACCCUGAAAGUACACCAGCGAACUCACACAGGAGAGAAACCGUAUAGUUGCUCUGACUGUGGGAAGACUUUCAGUCGGUCAGACAGCCUUGUUUCACACCAGCGAACUCACACCGGAGAGAAACCGUAUCGCUGCUCUAACUGUGGGAAGAGUUUCAGUCAGUCAGGACAUCUGAGAGAACAUCAGCGAACUCACACAGGAGAGAAACUGUGUGGCUGAUCUGACUAUGGGAAAAGUUUCAGCUUAAACAAGCACUUCAAAAACACCAGUGAAUUCACAGUAGAGAGAAACCUUAAAGGGACAAUGGGACUUUUUACUCAUGAGGUUAAAAAACAUGAAUCUUGCAUUAUAAAUCUCUAUGUAAUUACUCUUUUGUGUAUCACUCUUAAGAGCAUGCAUUUUAAAUGGUAAAAAUGUCUGAUGGACAAGUCAGGAGAAAUCAAUAACUCAGUGUGGAAAUUAGUUUCAAGAUUUAACAUUUGAACUUAAUUAACUUGAAAAUAAAUGAAUCGAUGGGAAAGAGUAUCCCAGAGACAAGACUGCACCAUCCUUACAGGGCAAUCGCCUGGACGAUUUGUCUUGUAAAUUCAUCACAAUUCUAAAACUAAUGAAAAAUGAUGGUGUCGCAUAGCUGUAUUAUGACAUGAAUGACUGAAUAUUGUAUGACAUGUAGCUUUGCAAUGUGCGUUUCCUAUGCUUGUAAUUGUGCCUGCUUUCGUAAACUGCCCUGUGUAGCAGGCAUGUGUACUGAUCUCAGGUACAGAAAGGCAAAUAGUGAUUUCUAAAGAGACAUGACUGUAUAAUUAAACCUUGAGUGUGCUGAUUUAACAAUUGAUUAAUUAUACAACACAAUACUAAGCAAUGCUAAAAACAAAGCCUAUGUCUAAAUUGUAUUCAAAUGAGUAAAAUGUAUUUGUUAAGGCUUGUUGCAUCAAAUUGAGUACAGCACUCUCCUUCGGUGUCGUUCUCAUACUGGCUGUCAGUGCUGGAGCCUUCAUGUUGUGACGUAGCACCGGGGAAGACUCUGCAGCCAGAGGAUAAAGGGGAUGGGCCAGGAAAGUGGCUUUAGGUAGAGAAAAAAAACAUGAAAAUGAAAGCAUGUCACAACGAAUCAUGAAUGUUUUUUU